CCCUCAGGCUCAGACCUUCACAGACUACAGGACGUUUCAUCUUCAGGAAGCCCCUCGGAGGUCUGAGGAGCUCCGGGACAAGCAGACGGAAUAUAUCCGAGGAAAGAAAGACGACAUCGCUGGCUCUACUACGGCGGAGGAGGAGACACGGACGUUGACGGAUGAAGAACACUUCGGUUGGGAUUUCUUCCAUCUUGUGACUUUCUUUCACACGGUGACAUGUCGUCGUAGUGAUUGUUUUAGAGGACUCGUCGGUUAAAAGGAAGCUGUGGGAGUGUUGACAAAUGCGUUUAAUAAGUUGAAAUGAGGAGAAACGGUCCCUUAAUUGAAGUCAUCGCUUGAAGGAUCACAGGAUUCAUGCAAUGUAAUCUAGAAGACUGCACAGCUGAGACGGGGUCGGUACAACUUGAGUAACACAAGUGCUAUCACAUCACGUCGAGACUAUACCCUGUACCAGUGUUUUGACAUGUACAUGUACAUGGAACUCAAACAUGGUAGCAACUCAAUGUCCUGAGAAGCUCAGGCUUGCACACACACCUUCUCAGUGGCAACCACACAAUACGCAAUGCCAUCAUAACUCUUAUGGACUCCCUCGCCAACCUGAGUCACAGCCAAUCAUAAGCAGUGCAGGAUUCCAUUGUCGUGGACAACACGUGGUUUACGCCAAUCAAAACUGGAGUGGUGAUUUUGGACCUUGUAAAAUCAUUAAAACUGGACUGCAACUAAGACAACAUUCAAAUUGCGCUUGUCCAUCCUUUCCAAGUCUUGCAGGAGACAGUCUUGAAAUUGCAACACAGACAUCUCCAUUACAGGAUAUGUAUUCUGUACCUGAGAAAAAGAGGACUUCUCACCCCAUGUUGCAAGCCUCACUGAAAGAUGUAAGACACUGCAAGAGACUACAAGUAAAAGGGAGACUCGAAUCUAUAAAACAUGGAUGGGCUGGAAUACAAAACAUGAAUCAUUCAGAAGGAAGUCAUUCAAGCUCCAAUCAGAACCACCCAUCUUCCUCCACUCAGGAAUGGGAGGAAAGUGUGAUAGCCAUUGUUGACAAAAUGGUUGCAAAUAUUCGGCGCCGAAAUGUAGAACACACUUCCUCCAACUUUGCUGCUAACCAGUCAACUGCUGUGGCUACAAAGGCAGGUGAAGAGAACAGUUCAGAAGGCAGCAAGGCAAAUUCUGAGCCAAUACCAGAGUUGAAAGAGGCAGCUCAUUCUGCUACAUCUGCAUUGGAGAAGGAUUCCACAGGUACAUUACUUUCUUCUAUGCGUCACUUGAAUCUGAUUUGCAACCAGGAAAACGCUUGUAUGUAACCAUUCCUGAUAAGGCUGAUGGCAGACUUGUGUGUUUGGUCGAUUGUGAAUAUAAACAAUGUGUUCAUACGAAUGCAGAAAGUUUCCCCUGGAAUAUCGAUAACAUUCAUCUCUUUACAUCCACAGAGUAUCCUAGGAUUAUGAGGAAUGUUGCAGCCACUUGCAAUAAGGGUGGAGAUGAGACUAUGACCACACCUCCAGAUGUGCCCUUGGAUGAACUGACUGAGGACCAGCUCAAUUCAUCACCUGACUCCAGUCCAUCUCAAGAAGAAAAUAAGCCUCUUCAGUUGGAUAUGAGGAAGACUGUGAAUGAUACCAAUCAACUAUCUGGGGUUUCUAGGCCUCUCAAAGGCAUAGCCGAGGAGCAUAAACUGGACGGAGGCAUACAAUCAGUGGAGGGAUUGUGGUUUGGCAAAAAACAUGGUGUGGUGCAUGUCUCGGAGGAACUUCAAACAAAGUCUGUUUCUGAGGAGAAAACAUUUCCACCUAUGUCAAACAUUGAUAAUGAAGAUUCAAUUAAAAAUAUUAAUAGAGACCAACAGCAAUGCAAUAUUUUUGAUCAGGAACUUAUUUCACAUUCCAAGCCGAGUUCAUCAAUCGAUAAAGUUCAGAUUCAUAAUGACCCAUCAGUUCCUACAAGUAAGCAGCUGGGGAAAAGAAGUUCUGAACCUUUUAGUUAUGAUGCAUGUUCUGUGUUUUCACCACCUGAACUGAGUAUUGCAUUACCUGAAAACAAAGUCAAAGUACAGACGGGUCAAUUGAAAGGCAUUUGUGAGGAAGCAUUGGUUGUGAGAACUGUACAUGACCCAGCAUACGAAGACAUUUCAGAUGAAAGUCAAAUGAGUGAGGAAGCAAUUGCCCAAGAAAUUGCAAAUAAUCCAGAAUAUGAAGACAUUUCAGAUGAUGGUCAAAUAAAAGGCAUGGGUGAGGAAGCAAUUGCUUUAAACAUUGUAGGUAGCCCUCGGUAUGAAGACAUCUCUGAAGAUGACAUGUCACAGCCAGCCACCAAACUCCCUCUUCCACACACUGAGGAGCCAAGUUUUUCAGCACCCCUUGAACAACUUCAACAUACAAGAGAAGACGAAAAUUCAAAAACUGGAAAUGUGUCGACGCAAAGGCCGUCUCAAGUAACUAAACCAAAUGAUAAGCAAUGCCUGAAAAGGGGAGUCUCUGCAGAUGAGCAACGGAAUGAGAAGAAGCCGGCUACUCCUAAGAUUGAAACGUUUGAUUUAAAACAACUAAACUGUCAUUCACGUUUCGAUGAAUCUGAUGAUGAAAACCACUCAUUUUUACGUAGCUUUGCUGAUUUGAAAUAUGAAGUGAUGGAUGAUCAUACUGAUGAUGAUGAUGACUGGAUAGUAAUACCUUUAACAAUCUCUGACCUGAGAUUUGAUCAAGAAACUGAAAAUCAAGAAGGCUUAGGAAUAGUUCAACUUGAUAAUGGUGAAGCUGACGCCACAGAAAAAAAAAAAUUCAACACAAAUUGCACUCCUUGGCAAGGCCCAGAACAAACUUUAGCUCCUUCCAACAUAGAGGUAUUUGAAACAGUUGAUAGCUUUGAACAAGCCACAGAGGUACAAAUACUAAAUCGAUUUGAGGUAGCAUACUCGAGCUCUCCUGACCAUGACGUUGAUUACACAAAACAAUUGCAUGUACCUGAGAACAGUCGAGAACAGUUACCUGAGGAUGAAGACAGUUGUGACACUGAAGACAGCUGUGAUUACCCGUCUGAAGCAAAGCACAAUCAUUUGACUGUCUCCAGGAAGUUGUUGGAGCACAGUUCAGUACCUCCAACCCCAGCAGCAGAUGGCCCUUCAUCUAGAAAUGAGGUAGAAGAUAAGAUCACAUCUUUGAAAGAUGGCCAAACCAAGAGCUUCUCCAAUUUCAAAGAAAAAAUUCAACAAUUAAUUGGAAAAAAGACUGGCUUUGGACAAAAUAAGACCUGUGGACAAAAUAUUUCAGAAAAGACUGAUGUAUUACUCCUUGAACUUGACCCGGAGGGUGAAAUUGGCCAAAGAAGGAGAAAUAAGGCAAAAAGGAACAGGGCAUUUCGUUCAGGCUCAGAAAACAGUGAAGAUGCCUCAUUAAAUCAACACGGGAGAAAUUCACCUAUUACACACAGACCGACAGAAAAAACAACGACUUUAAACAAUAGUCCAAUAAUUAUUGAUUCUGACCCAGAAGAAGGAGAGACGGAGAGAAGAAGGACGCUAAUCAACAGCCCAAUUAUUGUUGUUACAGACUCGGAGGAUGAAGGUGAAAAAAACUGCAAAAAGAAGGCAAAGAGAUAUUCCUCUUCUGGCUCAAAGGAUAAUGGUGAUCUUGCAUGUAUCGACGAACCACCACCUCAGCGGAAUGAAGCAAUCCAUGCUACAUGCUCCAAAGCUGACUCUGAACCUGCUCGACAUACGGCAUACAUGCAAAAGAUUUCAAAUACAGAAAGUCUUUCAGUCACACCUGUGCCUCCUGCAAACUCACAACACUUGUCUAACCUACCCGAUACGGACAAUAAUGAAGUGAUGCAGGAUAUGUGUUCUGACUUUACUCUCAGUGGGAGUGGACAGCUAAGUAAAGCUACAGAAUGCUUUGAGAGUGUUAAACACAAGACCAACAGACAAACCGAUUCAGAAGACACUGAUGAAGUAAGAAAAAAACAUCCACGUAAAAGAGCAGCAAAUACAAAGACAUUUCUCCCAUCAAUUUCAGAAGAUUAUGAUGAUGAUCCCUCAAUGGCCACAAAUCACAGACCUUCACCUGAACCUAUGAACCCCCUUUUUGUGGCCAACAAAAAGUCUGAAAAAGACAGACUGUCUUCUGAACACUCUGCAAAGAAACAGCUCCAGGACGGGAAAGCAGAAACCACUGAGCAUUGUAAUUCUGUAGUUUCUCGUCUUUUUUUUUCAAAUGGUACUGAACACAAUGGGCACUUGGAACUUAAGAGGAAAGCUGAAACUCAGACUCCGAAGAACCAAACAUCAUGCAGUAAAGUCCGCAAAAAGAAUGAACAGCACUUGACCAGAAGUAAGGUUCAGGAGAAGGUAGCUAACCCCUCACUGGUUUCAAGACAAUUUUCAUUAACUAACCAUGUAGGCCCAUCAACCUCCAACAGCAGUUUGUCUUCCACAAGUGGACCACUAACUGAUAUAAGACGAAGUUCAGCCUCAACAAGCGGUUUGCCUUUGUCUGGUGUGUCCAGACAUACAUUGAACUCUGCUAAUCUUCCUAGAUCUGAGCAGAGCACAUCUACACUCAGACAUUUGACCUCAUCCAGAGUCAAGCGGUCUCGCUCAUUAAGCAGCUCUUCAACAGUAGAUCCACCUGGCUCUCCCACAAUAGCCCCAUCAUCUUCAGGGAGGAAAAAAGUUCUAGAAAUAUGGAGUCGUGAACACAGAGAAACCCAAUUCAGAAAAAGGGGCUAUGGAAAAGACGUUUUAAGAAUCAGAAAUGAUUCAUUGAGGGAAGGUAGAUCAGGAAGUGAUCAAAGUGAGUCAAGGAGAGAAGCCAGAACAGAACCUAGUCACAGUGGUUUGUCGAGGGAAGCUAGACCAGAAUCCCGUCACGAUAAGAAAGCCAGGCAGACGCACAGUUCUCCUCUGAAUUUAGCCCCCACUGAUGAAAAAAUCCAUAACUGACUACAAAGGGGUGCCAAAGGCCAGAAAUCGGGAACCUGCAAGGGAACAACGUUGCACUGUGGGUGAGAAUUACAAGUGGUCAGACAAGAGAAAGCCAAACAAAGGUCCCAGCAGAGACGGGAUGCAGUGAUGAUAUCCUGCAGGACCUCAUGAGAAAAGAUUCUUGUGUCUCUUUCCUGACUUUGUUUUGUUCCCACAGGAACAGAUGAUUGAUGGGCCAAAAAAUCCAGUUACUGUUGUAACCAAUUUGAAUUUUUUCAGACUUUGUAUAUAUUUCAAUGACAUACAGCGUUAUGUAUAUAACAGAAUAUUUUGUAUUUUAGCUGCUUGUGUGUAUGUAUAUAUUCAUUUUGUAAAUAUGUCAGCUGUUUGUGGUUUUUUUUAAUUGAUUUGUUUGAGCAUUUGUUUAUCAGCUACCUCAAUAGGCAUCAACAUAGAGCAUAAAGCUCUUUCCUUAUUUUGCUCUGAGUACGUUCUGGACAUUAAACUGAAGUUCAGCUGUCUAAUAUCUUUAUUUUUUAUAUCAUUCUUUCCCUCUUUGUAAACUGUUAAUGUACUGUAAAUAAUAACUGAUUGCACCAUUCCUACUUCCUUUUAAAAUGUCAACGGUGAAAUAUAAGACGUGACUUAA